UCAUGAAUUUGUAAGAAGAAGAUAUUGAACAAUGUUAGCGAGCUUUCAAUGAUUUGGAUGAUGUAAAUUUAAAUAAUCUAUUAUCUAAUUUAGAGAGGAGAAGGUGAAAUAAUGGCUGAUGAUUUGGAACUUGCUUUAGAAAUGGUAGGUUUAAAGUAGAAACCACACAAGGUUCAUAAAUUAAUUAGUGAAAUUGAUGAUGGAAAUAGAGGUCGCAUCAAAUUUAAAGAAUUUUUGACUUUAUUUGCCAAACUUAAAUAUGCUGGUUUAUAAGAUGAUGAUUAAGAUAUGAUUGAUGCAUUUGUAGCAAUGGGUGGAAAUGAAGAUACUACUGGAAAUGUAGAUGCUGAAAAGUUAAUAAGGAUUAUUAAGAAUGAAUUCGAAUUAACGAUUGAUAUUGAAGGAUUAAUCAAAGAAGUAGAUACAGAUGGAUCAGGAGUAAUUGAAUUUGGUGAGUUUAAAGAAUUAUUAAAGACUAAUUAUUUAUAAGAUGAUGAAAAUGACGUACCUUGA